UCAAAAUUAAAUGACAAUUUUCUUCCAUAAAAAGAAAGACAACUUUUUAGAAUAUUUGCUCAAUUCGAUUGUAUCACAAUAGCGUGAAACUGAAUAUCAUGCAGUGCUCCCGAAUUUUCCUUGUCGAUAAGCAAAGACCUACGUGAAAUUGAUACUCCUCACGAUUUACUGUCUGAGAGAACGAGCUUAAGCCAGACCGAGAUUAGGCGAGAUCUUUAAUUAACCAGUGUAAUAUGCACAGUAAUGUGUGUGUGUGUGUCUCAAUUAUCAUAAAUAUUUACACACGCCCAAAAACAUGACAAUCAUGGCAUACGUGACUAUAAUGGCACGUGAUUGACUGUGGGUUUUAAUAAUUUCUUUUGAUUACGUUUUUUUUCCACGGCCUAAGACGAUGUUUGCAAACUGGUGAAAUGCUUUCAAGAUCUUCUCAAGUCGAAAUUGUUUGAACAGAAUUCUUGUUUGCCUCAUAAAUUCAAAACAUCAAUUCUCAAUCUUUGCUUAUUUUAUUCUACUGGGCUUUAAGGACCAUACGAGAAUUAUUUUCUUUUUUACUUGAAAUCUGUGACUUUUUCACGUCGAAAAAGAAUGAGUUUUGGGGGAAAAAAUAUAAAUAGCAAAAAAGUCUUAGAAUCAGUUGAAAAUACGUAAAAAUGGUAUGCAAUCCUUUAUUAGAUCACUCUGAAUUCUACUGACUUCUGUAAAAAAACAUCAAUUUGUAGGCCUCUGAACCCAAAAGCGAUUAUUCAUCGGUUCAUUACUCUGCAGCCGUAUUCUCUUCGUUUUUUUAUUCAUAAUUAAUUAAAUUCAUAAACAUAUUUACGUUUGUUUUUAUUAUUAUUUUUUACUUUUUCCCGUCAACGAUCUCUCAUGAACACAAUCUAUUCUGGCGCAAACACUAUGCAAAAAUCAUUAACUAAUAAUUGAACAAAUAUUUUGACUGUUUUGUUUCAUUACGAGCGACGUGAGAUGAUUAUUAUUCUUUUCUGCUCGUAUGUAUAAAAAUGGGCCAAAGCGAGCUAUCGUCGACAGUAGUAUCGUCAUCGAGAUUCAAGUGCCAAAUCGAUUUUAAACACUAUGAAGGGUUUGAUCUUCAUCGCUGCUUUGCUCUUCGUCGCCGUUUCGGCCAAUAUAUUUGAAGAUAUGUUAGAUGACAAUGAUCGAGAAUGCGUGCACGAACAAUUCGCUCAGGCUUCAAGUGAUAUUGAAUACGAUGCGGACUUUUUUCGGUUUUUGUGUUGUAUAAACGGCUGCGAUUUCUUUUUAGAGGGAGCGGUUUAUGAUAACGGCACGCUGAAUAUGCCACUUAUCAUCAAGGAUUUUUAUGACAGUGGCUAUGUAAAUGGCGAUGUUAACCUCGAGGAAGCUAUCACUGUGACCUACCACAGCUGCAGAAAAGAUUACCCGAAUCUCUGCGACUUCGCAAUGUGCAUGGAGCUACGACUGGAUGAAUAUUCACCGAAUAAUUGCUCAUCGAAAGCUCGUGCUAGAAAUGGAGCAAGGCUUAUAAAGAUCAGAUCGGCACGUAAAAUAUUCUCUGAGUUAACCAAAAAAAAAAUAAUCAUCUGA